AUGGAUUUUAUUACACUUGUUGACGCAUUUUGGCGUUUACGUGAGGCAUACGAUGCUAAAGGUAAGAGCGAAGAUGCUUGGAAAAAAUAUACUGGGAAUCAAUUACCGUGUCCAGUGAAGAUUUUAAAUGAAGGAAGGACUUGGUUAUAACGAUCAUGUUUUGAACUGUAUAUUUUAAUUAUAUUUUUAAUUUAAUAGAAAAUAAACUUGAUUCUAAAAUUAGAUGGAUAAUUUGGCAAUGAAGUAUGAUUUGCAAAGUCACGAUGAGAAUUUGAUAUUAUUUGAAAUGGGGUCGAACUUGUUACUACAGAAAAUGUUCUGUCAUUAUGAAAAGAUCAAAAUCAGAUUCAAAUGACUAACUUAGAUUAAAUAUUGACAUAGAGAAUGAUUCAAGAGUGAAAUGAACUGUAUUCAUUGUAUCACAAAUCAAAAUUUACAAUUAUGGUUAUUAAAAUGACGUUACUUUCACUUGUAUCAGAACAACUUAGGUCAAGGAAAAAACAUAUCCAUCUAGUGUUUUUGUUUUAAUAGUCACUGCCUUAAAGUUUUAUUUACGAAGUUAGGAUCAUUGUCUUUCAUAAUCAAAUAUUGAAGAAAGCAGACAAAUAUACAACAGGAACACACAUGGCCUCGUCUACUGUUUGCAUCCAGUAAAAAUGUCAAUAUCAUUCUGGCGAUCUCAUUCAAUCGUCAACAAAAGUCAAUAAAACCCAGAAUAAUGAUAUUAAGAUUUCACAAAUAUUUUUCCUUUUAAAAUCUGCUAAAUCGCUUUUCUAUACAUUAUUUGUUUGACUAAUAUUCAAGCACACUAUCGAAAAAUCACCAAAAAAUUGUCAAGGAUCAAAUCAUUGCAGGUGUGGGGUGGGUGUGGGUGUGGGGUGUGGGUGUGGGUGUGGGUGU